ACUGUGUGUAGUUGAAUUUGUUUACAUCUCCUAAAACAUACUGAGAACAUCCAUUUCUCAGUUUUUAACUGGAUUGAGCAAUCUUUGCAUUAUUUGAUUGAAACACUUGGUGGCGCUGUCGGCCACGGAGAGGAAAGGAAAAUUCCAGGUCAAAUCAUUCAGUCCCCUAGUCUGCAUUCCUUUCUGAAAAGCAGUCGGAUCUGGAAGGCUCUUUCUGGCUCUUCCUAAAUAUUAGCCUCUGCUACUGGAAACGUUGCAGCUAGAAUCCGAGCAGUGGACUCUGGUGCUCAUUCCUCAGUAUUUCCUAUUUGGAGCCACCACAACAGCAACGCUGUCUUUAGUGAUCAUUUGGGGUGGAGAACAGGAGUCAGUCAUGGCGCUCCCACCGCGGGAAAUGACCAGGCAAGUUUUCUUUGUCUAUACUUUUCUAUUUGGGGGGUUCCGCGUGGUUGGUGAAAGCAUUCGCUAUUCUGUAGCUGAAGAAAUACCGAUCGGUUCUUUCGUGGCUAAUUUUGCCAAGGACCUGGGGAUGGAUGUGAAAGUGCUGUCUUCCCGGCAGGCUCGACUAGUUGCAGACGGUCUCAGGGAACAUUUUCUAUUGGACUUGAAAACAGGGGAACUGGUCACAAAGGAUAGAAUAGACCGGGAAGUAAUAUGUGCCCAGAUAGACGAGUGCAUGGUCCAUUUUGAAUUAUUGCUGCAAAAUCCAUUGAAGUUCUUCCGGGCUGAGGUGGCCAUUUCUGAUGUCAAUGAUCACUCGCCUCAGUUUCCAGAGGAUAAGUUCAUUUUAAAGAUCCCUGAAUCGACUACCAUUGGGACUUGCUUCCCAUUAGAAAGUGCCCAGGAUUUAGACGCGGGGAAUAAUACUCUCCAGAACUACACGCUCACUCCAUCAAAUGAAUUCUUCGUUUUACAUACCUGGGAGCGCAGUGAUGGCAGCAAGUAUCCGGAGAUGCUCUUGGCAAAGUCUUUGGAUCGGGAGGAGCAGCCGGAAUUCGAGUUCUUGCUCACCGCCGUUGAUGGUGGAAUCCCACCCCGAACCGGGACUGCCAGCAUCCGCAUCAUUGUCCUGGACGCAAAUGACAACGCCCCAGUGUUCUCUCAGUCUCUGUACCGAGCUACUGUGGCAGAAAACAGUCCAGCAGGUUCUGUAGUGAGCACCAUAUUUGCAGCUGACUCAGAUCAGGGUAGUAAUGGAGAAGUGACUUACUCGUUCAGUCAAAAUGCUGGUAAAAGUCAUCGUGCUUUCCAUAUUGACCCUCUGACGGGAGAAAUUAGAAUCUCCAAACCCCUGGACUUUGAAACGACUGAAUAUUAUGAACUGAGUGUUCGAGCAACUGAUGGAGGAGGGCUAUCCUCUCACUGCAAAGUCCUCGUGGAGGUGAUGGACGUGAAUGACAACCCUCCUGAGGUGACAGUGACUUCUAUUUCUACCCUUCUCCCUGAAGACUCCUUAACUGGAACAGUGGUGGCCCUUUUUAGCAUCCGUGACCGGGACUCUGGGGACCACGGGAGAACAACUUGCUCCAUUCCCAAUGACAUCCCCUUCACCCUAAAACCGACUUUCAGCAAUUACUAUGAACUAGUGACAGAUGCAGCCUUGGAUCGAGAAAGGGUUUCUAGCUACAAUGUAACAGUCACUGCUAUAGACUUGGGGUCUCCUCCUCUUUCAGCUUCGGAGACUGUCACAGUGCAAAUAUUAGAUAUCAACGAUAACCUCCCUCUCUUCAACCAAUCUUCCUACACUAUGUAUGUAACUGAAAACAACAGCCCUUCCCUGAUGAUUGGAGGUGUGAACGCUACUGAUUCAGAUUCAGGGCAGAAUGCUAAAGUGACUUAUUCUAUCUGGCCUGAAAACAAAAGCUCUCUCUUUUCAUCCCCAUUAAUUUCCAUCAAUUCAGAAAAUGGUCAGGUAUACAUUCUGAAGACCCUUGAUUAUGAAGAAAUCAAAGACUUCAAAGUGACUGUGAAAGCAUCAGAUUCAGGGUCCCCUUCCUUGAGCACCAAUGUCACAAUAUAUGUUGUCAUUGUGGAUGAAAAUGACAAUGCUCCAGUUAUUUUAUAUCCUAUGCGGAACUACUCUGCUUCCUACAGUGAACUGGUCCCCAGAGCAGCUGAAGAAGGUUACUUGGUUACUAAAGUGGUGGCAGUAGAUAAAGACUCCGGUCAGAAUUCCUGGCUUUCCUACCAAUUGCUCAAGGCCACAGACCCUGAGUUGUUCAUUGUGUGGUCCCAUAAUGGAGAAGUUCGAACUGCCAGGUCCAUCAGUGACAGAGAUGCUAUCAAGCAAAAGCUCAUUAUCCUUGUGAGAGACAAUGGCAGCCCUAUGCUCUCUACUCCUGCAGCUCUAGACCUUCUUCUUGUAGAUGGCUUUUCAGAAUCCCACAUACAUAUUCCAGAUUCCAUUGAAGAAGAAAAGUAUGAUGGCACAUUAACUAUGUAUUUAAUUAUUUCAUUGACUUUAAUAUCCUUUCUCUUUCUAGUGUCCAUCACAAUCUUCAUAGUUAUCAAGGUAUAUAAGAGGAAACAGUUAAAAAAGAGAUCCCAUUAUCAUUUUGGUGAUGCCAAUAGUUUUCCGAGAAGUUUGGCAGAUAUUACUGGCACAGGGACUCUCUUUCAGACAUAUAAAUAUGACAUGUGUUUAGCAUCUGGUUCUGAUAAUAGUGAAUUCAAAUUCCUCAAACCUAUUAACCCUAGCUUCCCACCUCAACUGGAGAACAACGAAAUAUUCCCCAAAGGAAAUUAAAAUGCCUUCCAAGAUUGAUAUAGAGGAGAAAGGAAAAUAAUGAGAGUUUAUAUUGCUUUAUGUGUUUUCCAGAGUCAGAUGGGGAAGACUGUGUGACAAUUUCCAUAGUAUAAGCUUGUCCCCACAUGGCCUAUAUAUCUUUGUUAUGAUUACUAUUGAUUAGGGAUUCUCUUUUUUGAAAGCAUGUUUUACUUUUGUGGAGCUAUUUCCUAAAUGUAUAAUUUAAAAUGUUUCUUUUAGAUUCUAACAUACCUAAUGAGUAAUUUUUGGAAGUAUAAUAUGGGAUCAUAUCUAGUCAUCAGUCAAAUAAUGAGUGUUUAGAUGCUUUAACUUAAAUGUACUACACAGAAUGCCAAGAAUAAAUCACAGAAAAGUUUUGCAUUGAGAAAGGGAAAAAAGAAACGUUGAGAAUAAAUGUAUCAGUAAUGCUUCUUUUGGCUCAGUCUAGAAUAAUUGUCUUGUAUUUUAUGUUUUUUAAGAGCUGGAAGAUAUUUGAAGGAAUGAUUGUGGUUUUAAAUAUUAAUGUUAUCCUAAAGAUUUUAUUUCCAAUGUGCUGCAUUGGUUCUUAUAUAUUAUUAAUUGCAUUUCUAGAGAAAAAAAUUUGGAAGGCCCUCCAAAAAAGAAGUGAGGGUUAAUGAAUAUAAUGAAGCAGAACUUUCCUCAUCAUUCCUAGUAGUGAUAUUAAGAAAAAUAUCAAUAAGAUGAUAAUACAAUUUAUAUCAGUCUCACAAAUUCUCUAACACAAGAACAAUUUUCAAUUCUUUUCUUUCAUUCCACAUCAUUACCAUGUGCUAUUUGUUUUGUAAUGCAAUAUUUUUGUGAGUUGUUUCUUUUUCUAAUAUCAGAGAUGUAACACAGUCACAUCAUGUAUAGGGUACUACAAGAUUCUCCCAAUCAACCUUCCUACCUGUCCUCUUUUGAGUUUACUCUAGCAACUUAUUCUAUGCAUGCCUGAAACAAUCAUCUUCAAGUAUAGAUGAAAUUCCCAUUCUUGAAGUCUGAUUUGCCUUCUAGUUACUCUGCAAAUCAAAUUAAAAUUGUGUGAUUUUUUUUUUGGGGGGGGGAACAGAAGAGAAAACAAGAAAAAUAGUUACUGUGGCUAAACUAAUUUGCUUAUGUAUGGCUUAAUGAUGAAUCCAUAUAUAAUAGAGUCAUAUCAUUUAUAAAAAAAAAAAAACAUGUUUAGGCACUUCUUUAGUAAAUUCCACUGUGCUUGCCACUAAAGAAGACACAAAGGCAAACAUGAUAAAGCCUCUACCCUUAAGUAACCGAUAGUUUAGUAGGGGUGAAUAAUAUACACAUUUAUGACUAUAUUAAGUAAUACAAACAGUAUGAUAAGAUCAAAGUUUCAAAGCUGGAAGGGUCCUCAUAGGUAAUUUCAUCCAACUUCUUCAUUUUACAGAUGAGGAAACUGAAACCUGGAGAGGUAAAGUGACUCCCAAAGACAUUCAUAAAAGAAGUAAAAAGAAGUUUAGAGAUCUAAUUAGAGGAUAAUCCAUAAAAAACUGUAAUGGCAAAUCAAACAUAAAUUUUUAGCUGAUUUGAUCUUAUUUUUAUUUUUUAAGUAUUUUACUUUCCCUCAGUUACUUGUAAAAAUAUUUUUAAUAUUCCAAAUUCUCUCACACCUUUUCUUCCUCCCUCUCUCCUUAUUAAGAUAUUUAUUUCAUUUAAUUGGCAUGAGAAUUUGAUUUUACUCCUCUUCCAACAGACAUCUUAACUCCUAUUCCUCAUCACUUGUUAUUCCACUCAUUCUACAUCUAAAACACCACAGCACCAUAUUGUGGAAUAUCAUUGUUUAUUAUCUUUUACAACUCAUGGCUUUUCCUUUUUAAAAACUCUGAAACUCAAAUAGAUGGAUCUGCACAUUGCUCCUUCUAACAAUCUUCAAGAACCAAGCCAGGAAGCUCACUACAUCUACAAAGGUGGGGACAAGGGAGAAAUGAUACUGGAAAUGGAGGAUAUCAGUGUUACCUUAAAACCUAAUCCACCAUCUGCAGCAUUGGACAAAGAAAUAGCCUUUGUCUUCUAGAUUAGCAAUGUUCCAAUUGUCUUAUUUUUCAUUUAAAUACAUACCCUACCCGACUUCCUCCAAGUCCUCCUUUAGUACAUUUUGGACCCAAUUGAAGUCUGUGGCUUUUUCAUCCAUUUUUUGCGCGUGUGUGCCCUCCAUUACUAGCUUUCUAUUCAGUCUUUCUUGCUGCUGCUCUUAGUGGUUUCUAAAUGAUUUUUGGCUGAUUUUGUGACCAGCAACUCCUAUAUUUCUCAGAAUAUAAUUUUCUUAAUACUUGCAUGUAUGCCUUUCUAACUCUAAUUGGUUCUAUCUGUAUUUGUCUAUAAUUUGUUUAUGCAUUUUAUUAUUUUUUAUGUUUCAUUGAUGCUCUUUUUAAAAAAAUCCUGUCACUUCCUAAUUAUUUGCAAUGGCCAACCAGCAACCAUUGCACAAAAGGAAUUCCUAGUGGGUAAUAACUUGAGGAGGAGAAAGAAGUCGGGAGAAAGGGUUAAUAAAUUGAGAGACACACAGAUUAAUUGUUAUGUAAGGAACAGCGCUUGUUCCUUUAAUAUCUUCCCUUGUAGGGUAUUCAGUGAAGGGAGAUAUGAAUAACCAAGAACAGGUGGGAUGGAGAAUUCCUAGAUAGGAAUAGAAAUCAGGUGUGAGAAUAGAAAUCAGGUGAAGACAGAGUGUGUUUGGCAGAGAUGGAAGGCUAACCACCUGAUGCCAGAACGUCAGCUAGAGGUUAGGUGAGAGGGGAAUAAAAGAACAAAGAAAGAAGAUCUUUAGAGAUCACAGUGGGGCUCCAGAGAAGGAGCAUUCCUAUGGCAAGAAGUGGGAGGCACAUAAUGCAUAUGCAACAACACAUAGUGGAUCGCCAUUGGUUUAAAUGUAAAUUACAAUAAGUUCCAGGGUGGAUAACUUUAGCCCAGGAAAGACAAAGAAGCCUGGAUUCUCGCCAGAAUGUUGAGAAUGGUGAGAACAAAGGUCAUGUGGCCAAGUGAGACCUUCACUGCUCAUGCACAGAUCUGUCCAUGCAUCUCUUAGUACAAUUCCCAUACAUCAAACAUAUACCUUAUACAUACACAUGUGUGGACUGUUACAUUAUUCCUCAUCUUUACUCUGUAAACUUGCUCAUUGUAACAUUCCAAUCAAAGGAAAUCUGCACAUUAGCUGUCUAAAAAUGUAUUCUUCAUUCUUUGCCAAGAGGGAGUAAGCAAGCUUCACCAACAGUUCUCUAAAGUACUGACAAUUGGCCACUGUAUUGUUACAAAUUCUAAAGUCUUUCUGUGUUGUUUUGCUUUACUCUGUUUUUGGUCAGCAUGUGAAUUGUUUACCUGGUUCUGCUCAGUUCAAUAAAACAUUUCCAUUUUA